AUCAGCACUCACGGAAUGCCUCUCGUCCAAUCAAAUUACUCGGUCGGAACUAACUGUUGUAUAAUAAUAUUUUUGAGUUUUCUCAGACCACAGGAACAACAGACAUGAAUUUUGAAAAUGGACGCAGCUCUCCUUUAAUAACUCAGAAAAGAAUGAAGCUGCAAAUUCUCAAAACUGCAAAGCUGGAACCAGGGAAUCUAAAGAGGAUUCAUGAUUAAUAAACUCAUGAUUAAUAAAUUCAUGAUUAACAAAGCAGUUUCUGUCAAAGACUACUCAUUUGAUUGACAACUUGAUUGAGCUCCAAUGUUCAAUUGCAACAAAAACUGUAACAGGACAGCUUCUGUCUAUGAAGCAGCAAUGUUCAUGAUAACGUUACGAAGGUGUUGUUUUCCAUUAAUAAAAUUACGCCAGUUAACGUACAUUUUAAUGCCUUAGCUAUUAUGUUCCUUUAUCGAGGAAGCUUCCUGCUACCCUGUAUAAGCAGCAACAAGCUAGCUAAAAUUAAAACUACAUGUCUAUUUUCACAAUAAAAUCCCUUCUAGUGGAGUCAAGUGUUGAGUAUACUAGCAAAGCUUUUAUUUUGAAUUUAAAAUGACUUUUUCCGUUUGUUCUCUACGUAUUCGCGUUAGUUAACUGGUUAGUAAUGCGAGUAACGUCACGCCUAUUCAGAUAAAGCUGGUAGCGACAAGUAAUAAGAAAAGUAUGGACAGACGUACUCUCUGAUGAUGGGCUCCCACUGUGUCAUCGUCGUCAACCAGCACCCACAUGCCAAAGAGGUCCUGCUUAAGAAGGGAAAGAUAUUUGCAGGAAGGCCCAGAUCUGUAACCACAGAUGUUCUGACCAGAGAUGGGAAAGACAUCGCAUUUGGAGACUACAGUGCUACCUGGAGAUUCCACAGGAAAAUAGUCCAUGGAGCUCUGUGCAUGUUUGGAGAGGGCUCUGCCUCCAUCCAGAAGAUCAUCUAUGCAGAGGCACAGUCUCUGUGCUCCGUCCUGUCUGAGACAGCAGCUGCUGGACUGGCCCUGGAUCUGUCCCCUGAGCUGACUCGCUCUGUCACCAACGUCAUCUGUUCGCUCUGCUUCAACUCCUCCUACCAUAGAGGAGACAAAGAGUUUGAGGCCAUGCUGCGCUACAGUCAGGGAAUUGUGGACACUGUGGCAAAGGACAGCCUGGUGGACAUCUUCCCCUGGUUACAGAUUUUUCCUAAUGCAGACCUGCAUCUUCUGAAGCAGUGUGUUUCAAUCAGAGACCAACUUCUGCAAAAGAAAUAUGACGAACACAAGGCAGACUACAGUGACCAUGUGCAGAGAGACCUGCUGGACGCUCUGCUGAGAGCCAAACACAGUGCUGAGAACAACAACACAGCAGAGAUCGGUGCAGAGUCUGUGGGCCUCAGUGAUGACCACCUCCUCAUGACUGUGGGUGACAUCUUUGGAGCCGGUGUGGAAACCACCACCACUGUGCUCAAAUGGGCUGUCAUCUACCUCAUCCAUCACCCACAGGUGCAGAGGCAUAUCCAGGAGGAGCUAGACAGUAAGGUGGGGGGGGACCGGAACCCGCAGCUCAGUGACAGAGGCAGUCUGCCUUACCUGGAGGCCACCAUCAGGGAGGUAUUACGGAUCCGCCCUGUGGCCCCUCUGCUCAUCCCCCAUGUGGCCCUCAGUGACACCAGCAUCGGGGAUUUCACAGUGAGAAAAGGAACUCGAGUCAUCAUCAACCUGUGGUCUCUGCACCAUGAUGAGAAGGAGUGGAAAAACCCUGAGCUCUUUGACCCUGGUCGGUUCUUGAACACUGAAGGAACAGGUCUGAUCAUCCCAUCACCCAGCUACCUGCCGUUUGGUGCUGGGAUCAGGGUGUGCCUGGGUGAGGCCUUGGCCAAGAUGGAGCUCUUCCUCUUCUUGUCGUGGAUCCUACAGCGCUUCACCCUCUCUGUCCCACCUGGCCACCCUCUGCCCAGUCUGGAGGGCAAGUUUGGUGUGGUCCUCCAGCCAGCCAAAUACAAGGUGAAUGCCGUGCCUAGACCAGGCUGGGAGAGAAACAAGUGUCAGGCAUGUUGAGACUGGCUGCAUGGUCUCAACAACACUGGCUCACAUUUGUGACCUGAGAGUCUGUGGGUUUUUUUCAGAUAGCCAAGCAUACAUGAUGCAGGCAGAUGAUCAAAGAUGUAGCAGUGAAGUGGACAUAUGACAACAUAUCUUUAUGUGCAUGACAUCUAUUAUUAUUAUUAUAGCUUCACAAUUAAGGGCGUCACAAUAUACUGGUAUUGAUGAUAAUGGGGAUAUUUGAAAAUGAAAUACUGAUAUCAUGUUAAUAAUGUACUAAUAUACACCGAGUAGCCACAACAUUAAAACCACUGACGGGUGAAGUGAAUAACAUUGAUUAUCUCAUUGCGAUGCGAUGUUCUGCCUGGAAACCUCGUCACCUGCCUCUUGACACAUACCAUCCAGCUAAACAUCACUGCAGACCAAAUACACCCCCUCAUGGUAACGGCAGUCCCUGAUGACUCCUUGUGGCUCAUUGGUUUAUGAUUACAUUGUGUAUAUAAUCCAGUGCCUCUUACAUAAUUUCCAUUUAGUUACAUUCUUGCUUUGUCGCACUCCCUAGCACCAUCUGGUUUCCUUUUCACUGUCCAUUAAGUGUAAUUGCUCUUUUUGUACGCUUUUGUACAGUUCUGGUUACAGAUCCUCUCUCCAUCUCCCUCAUAUUUUUAGUGUAAUUAUUUGCCAAAUAAACGAGAUUAAUAUACAAAUAAACAG